AUACGAUAUGCUACAGUGGUUACAAUUCUUUGAAAUCAAUAAGAGAAACUUGACGAAUUAUCUGGUAUGAGGGUGAAAAGUGAGGAGUGUAAUCAUUGGGUGCUUAAUCAAAUGUCUUUGCUUUGGAGUGAUGGGAUGCAAUUUGAUAGGUUAACAAUCAAGUUUCUGUUGCUUGAGGUGAACCGUUACAUUUUAACUCUUGAAAGCUAAAUGGUAUUAUUGGUGUUAAAGGGAAGAUGGCACAAACAGGGCUAUUAUGUAUGUACUCUUUGAAUCAGUUUCUGUUGCUUGAGGUGAACCUUUACAAUUUACAUUUGAACUCCUGAAAGCUAAAUGGUAUUAUUGAUGUUACAGGGAAGAUGGCACAAACAGAGCUAUUAUAUAUGCACUCUUUGAAUUGGGACUAAAUUGUUGUGGUUUAAAUCUUUGAUUUGUGUUGUUUUGAAGAAUUGGGAUUGUGGGAUGAAGGGAAAUGCAGAGUCAGAACUGAUUGGAAAAAGCAUAUUCUUGUUCUCCAUUGCCUUUGCUUCUGCUAGACCUUCUAAGACCAUACAAGAGGAUUUAGCUGCUCCUUCUGCUGAUCAAGGUCCAACCCAUGUGUGUCAUGCAUCAAGAUUUGCUGAUCUUGGUCUUGACAUGGCAGAUUAUAUCUACUGCGACUCUUCUCUUCCAUUCGAUGUCAGGGCCAAGGACUUGGUGGACAGAAUGACAUUGAACGAGAAAGUCGAGCAGGUUGGGAAUUUGGCCACUGGAGUGCCAAGAAUUGGGCUUCUCAAGUACCAGUGGUGGUCAGAGGCACUCCAUGGUGUCUCCAAUGUUGGCCCUGGAACCUUCUUUGAUGACACCAUUCCUGGCGCUACAAGCUUCCCUACUGUCAUUCUCUCUGCUGCUGCCUUUAAUCAGUCUCUAUGGAAAUCCAUUGGCCAGGCUGUUUCGACGGAGGCAAGAGCCAUGUACAAUCUGGGGAAAGCAGGAUUGACAUACUGGAGUCCAAAUAUUAACGUGGUGAGAGAUCCCAGGUGGGGAAGAGCCAUUGAGACUCCAGGAGAAGAUCCUUAUGUGGUGGGUACAUUCGCUACAAAUUACGUAAGAGGAUUGCAAGAUGUUCCAGGGACUGAAAACACAGCAGACUUGAACUCUAGACCUCUCAAGGUUUCCUCUUGUUGCAAGCACUAUGCUGCCUAUGAUGUCGAUGCCUGGAAGGGAGUUGAUCGCUAUCACUUUGAUGCAAGAGUGAGUGAGCAAGAUAUGAAGGAGACAUUCCUUAGGCCUUUUGAGAUGUGUGUUAAAGAUGGCGACGUUAGCAGUGUCAUGUGUUCCUAUAAUCGGGUUAAUGGCAUUCCUGCUUGUGCUGAUCCAUAUCUUCUCAAGAACACUAUCAGAGGGGAAUGGGACCUUCAUGGAUAUAUUGUCUCUGAUUGUGAUUCUAUUGAGGUAAUGCAUGAUGAUCACAAAUGGCUUGGUGACUCAAAAGAGGAUGCUGUUGCACAAGUUCUUAAAGCAGGAUUGGAUCUUGACUGUGGAGACUACUACACCAAAGCUCUUGGAAACUCAGUGAGGCAAGGAGAAGUAAAGGAGGCUGACCUUGACAAGUCAUUGAAGUACCUUUAUGUGGUUCUUAUGAGGCUUGGAUUCUUUGAUGGAAGCCCUCAAUUCAACAGCCUUGGAAAGAAUGAUGUUUGUUCAGACGCUAACUUGGAGUUAGCUACUGAAGCAGCCAGAGAAGGAAUUGUACUAUUGAAGAAUGAUAACAAAACUCUCCCUCUGAAGUCUUGUGACAUCAGUAAAAUAGCAGUUAUUGGACCCCAUGCAAAAGCAACAUCUGCAAUGAUCGGAAAUUAUGCUGGCAUUCCUUGCGGAAUUGUUACUCCAUUUGAUGGUAUCUCCAAGUAUGGAGGAGAAGUCACAUAUGAAAAGGGAUGCAGCGACGUAGCUUGCAAGGACGAUAGUUUGAUCUUUUCAGCCAUGAAUGCUGCAAAGAAUGCUGAUGCUACUAUUCUUUUGGUGGGUUUGGACUUGUCUGUGGAGGCUGAGAGCUUGGAUAGGAAUGAUCUUCUCCUCCCAGGUUACCAAACUCAAUUAAUCAACCAAGUAGCUGAAUCAUCUUCAGGUCCUCUAGUUGUUGUGAUUAUGUCAGCCGGUGGGAUCGACAUAAGCUUUGCCAAGAACAAUCCUAAAAUUAAAGCUAUUCUUUGGGCCGGCUAUCCUGGCGAGAAAGGUGGUCGCGCCAUUGCUGAUGUUAUCUUCGGAAAAUACAAUCCAGGUGGAAGAUUGCCCCUUACAUGGUAUGAAGCUGGUUAUGUGGACAUGCUGCCAAUGACAUCCAUGCCACUAAGGCCUGUUGAUAGCUUGGGUUACCCUGGAAGAACAUACAAGUUCUUCAAUGGCUCAACAGUAUACCCAUUCGGGUAUGGCCUUAGCUACACAAAUUUCAGUUACAGCGUUCUUACAUCCCCUGCAACUUCAGUAAAGAUAAAACUAAACAAGUUCCAGCAUUGUCGCAACGUGAACUACUCAGAGUCAGAGCAGGCCGCCACCAUCAACAAUUGUCCUGCUGUAGUGAUUGAUGACCUUGAAUGUGGAUAUAAAUUUGGGUUUGAAGUUGCAGUCGAGAAUGUUGGGAAGGAGGAUGGAAGUGAUGUUGUCAUGGUUUACUCCAAGCCACCAGAGGGAAUAGUUGGUAGUCACUCCAAACAACUGAUUGGCUUCGAGAGAGAGUUUGUGAAAUCAGGAGAAACCAAGGUGGUGAAGUUUGAGUUUGAUGCUUGCAAGAGCUUGAACAUAGUUGAUACCUCUGGUUACAAUCUUUUGCCAUCCGGUGGGCAUAUAAUCAUGGUGGGAGAGGGAGAUAAUGUAAUCUCAUUCCCACUUCAACUCAGUUACUACAAUUAGAGGCCUGGCCUACUUUUCCCAAAUAAGAGAGUAUUUAGAAUAGGAAUUUAAUUUAGAGUUUAGUUUGGGGUGGGUUUUGUCUUGUUUCUUUUAUGCACUGAUAACGCUUAUGUUACCAAACAUUGAUCUUUCAAGUAGGAUUCUACCAUUAAAGGUUCAUCAA